AUGAGCCUUUGUGCGCAUCUAUUAGACGCCCCAGACCUCAAACUCCUGGGUCACUACCUCUCGCACACAAGCCGCACCAUCGCUUUCGACCGCGACGACCUCUACGUACUGCAUGUCGGCAUCCCCAACCUCGCCAUCAGCAGCAAGGCCCUGAUGAGCUCGAUGCUGGCGCUCGCAGCCGCAAGCCAGUGUCACGACCUCCUGGAGGCGAGCCCAGGCAGUCCGGACGUCGUCCGCAUCCGGGAGUUGCUGGUCCUCGGCGAGCAGCACCACGCCGCGUCGCUGCGGCAGAUCCAGGAGGAUAUCCCGUCGACGGAGCGGUAUGACCACGUCCUCGCGAAUGCGGCCCUGAUGUUCCUCUACGGCUCCGCGAGCCACUGGGUCCGCAUUCGCCUCAUGCGCGUAUGCUGUGUGGAGUCGGGUGGGGGUGGAAACCGGCUGCCCGAGGAGUUCGUGCCGGCUCAGAACCCGGCGGUGGCGGUAUUAGGAGACAGUGAGAGGACCAGCCUGCGGCAAAUCGAGUUUGGUGAUGUGAACGUCGUGUGCCCCCAGAAUGGGCCCUCGGACGAGACACGGCGGCUCUUUCUACCCAUACUGGCAGCCACUUCGGGGGCUGCGCUGACAAAGUUGCGCGCAAGGGCCAGGCAGGUCGAAAUGGAGGCGGCGAACGGCAGUGAGGGCCUUGGGGUUUGCAUGGAGGCUCUCGCGGUGUUCCAGGCGGUGCUGGGCGAAACUUUUAGCGAUCGCAGGCCUGGCGGGCUGUCGCCUGAGACGCCAGGGUCACAGACAGAUGACCCGAGGGGACCACUGCACCCUCCCUCUCUCGGCAGGCUGUCGAAUGUCGCCCCUUGGUUGAGAAGAUAUACAGCACGUGUCACCAUGAACAGCACAGAUUCGCGGCCGUUGCGGCGCACCGUCAAUGCCUUCAUCAACCGUGUAUCCACGAAAUAUCUACACAUGGUGCAAGCGACGCUCGAGCACAUCCCUGUUGAAGCAGCCGGCCGCGGUGCGACCAGGUCACAGGGGUACACUCUCGAAGAUCAGGACGCCGACAGUGGCCCAGUUCAGCGGCUUGCCAUGGACAUCUUCGCCCACUGGCUGGUGCUGGUGUUGUUGCUAGAUGGGGUAUGGUGGAUAGGUGGUAUAGGGGCUUGGGAGCUGGGUAGGGUCGUUGCAUAUGCGCGGGAGCGAGGUUGGAUCGACAUGGGAGAUAAAGCAGACGAUGAAGCGUGGUGGCCUCAGAGCAUGUAUAAUAUCAAGAUAGAGCUAAGUAGAAACUUGGCGAGUUGA